AUGAAGAGAACAUCAUCACAAGGUCCUGGAGCAGAUGAUGCCAACCCAAAAACUAAAGUACCAAAGGUGCAAACACCAACAAGUUCUUCUGCAACAACACCUCCUCCUCCUAAUAAUAAUCAACAAGCUCUUCGAGUAUCAGAUGCCCUCGCAUAUCUAGAUCUCGUAAAGAGAACAUAUUUAAAUGAACCACACGUAUAUGCUAGAUUCUUAGAGAUUAUGAAGGAGUUCAAAAACCAUAUAAUUGAUACACCUGGCGUCAUUCAAAAGGUCUCUGAAUUGUUCAAAACUCAUACUCAUCUUAUUCUAGGUUUUAACUCAUUCCUUCCACCUGGUUACAAGAUUGAGUUGGAUACAAACAAUGAAGUUGAAGUUAAGAAGAAGGCAAGCACUCCAACACCUCCACCUCGCGUUCCUAUACCUACGAUUCCAACUCCUAAAACUGAUUCUACUCCACCUGCCACAACAAGAAGUGAAAGAAGUAUUGAUUUCGAACAAGCUAUCUCAUACGUAACUAAAAUUAAGAAGAGGUUUGCUGAUAGUCCUGCAACAUACAAAUCAUUUUUAGAUAUACUUCAUAAUUACCAAAAACAGCAAACAACAAUUAAGAAAGUUUACGAACAAGUAUCCGAGUUAUUCAGAGACCACAAUGAUCUUUUACAUGAAUUUGCUCAAUUCUUACCAAUGCCGGUUGAAAAGAAACCAACAAGAAAGGUCAAGAAGCAAAGUCAAUCAACACCAUCAGGAGAUGACAAGAAGAGAAGAACAUCAAGAAUUACAGCAAAAUCAAAACAAUUGGAAGACUUUGAUUACUAUGAAGAAUCUCCACAAUUCUUUAACGAUCUAAAAGAAAGAUUGGGUAUUCAUGAAUAUAAUCAAAUACUUAAGGCCAUCAAUUUGUAUACUACGGAUAUCAUUGAUAGAAGUGAAUUAAUAGAUAUGAUUAGUGAAAAUGAAGCUCUUAGAAAGAAUUCAGAUUUAUUUAAGAAGUUGAAAAGAUUAAUUUCUACAAAUACAAUAGAUGAGAAUUUGCAAAAGAGAGGAGAAAGACCACAACCACCUAGUGAAUCAUCUAAAUCAUAUACCUACGGUCCUAGCUAUAGACUUCAAAGUAAGAAUUACUCUGAACCAAUUUGUUCGGAGAGAACAGAAUUGUGCCAUCAAGUCUUGAAUGAUGAAUUUGUUUCCGUUCCAGCUGGUAGUGAAGAAAGUAGAGAUAUUCAAAAGAAGAGCCAAUAUGAUGAAAUUAUUUAUCAAUGUGAGGAUGAUAGAACAGAAUUAGAUAUUGUUGUUGAACAAAAUGUCUCAACAAUUAAAUUCUUUACUUCAUUCAUGGAAAAGAUUAAUAAUGAUGAACCAAUUACAUUUGGAAUUGAUAUGCUUAAAGAUAUCCACAAGGCUACAAUUAAUAGAAUUUAUGCCGAUAAGGGUAAUGAUAUUCUUGAAGGGUUAAGAAAGAAUCCAACUGUUGCAAUUCCUGUUGUCUAUAAGAGACUUAAACAAAAAGAUGAAGAAUGGCGAAAGGCCAGAAAGGAAUUGAACAGAUUUUGGCAUGAUAUCUAUGAAAAGAAUUUCCAAAAAGCAAUGGAAAGUCAAUAUAAUACUUUCAAGACUAUUGAAAAGAAACGUCUCCACUUUAAGAAUAUUUUCAAAGAUAUCAAACAAAGACACGAAUAUUCAAGACCUUUGGUAUUUGAUUUCCCAGAUAAGAGCAUUCACAAUGAUAUUUAUUACAUGUUAAUUAAUUUAACUAAUGAAUUAACUGAAGAAGAAAUUUCCAGUAUCAACCAACUUUGGUCUGACUUUUUGAUUCCUUUCCUUGAUUUAUCUGCUUCUGAAUACCAAAAAGUUGAACGUUAUGAUGAAUCAAUCAAGGAAGUACCAGAAGGUGAAUCACCUAAUUCUAAUCCAAUUGUCUACUUUACAGAUUUAUUUGCUCAAACUUCAACAACUGAACCUUCCACUAAUGAAUUCCCUCCAAUUGUAGAACAACAACUUACCAAGGAUAACAAACUAAGAAAUAACCUGUUCUAUGCGAACUCACACUUUCUCCUUUUCUUCCGUUAUUACUGCUCUCUCUAUGAAAAACUCUCCAAGGCUAAAGAAGCCUGUAAGAGAGCAAGUAAAUCUAAGAAGAGAGACCAAGAUACUGCUAGUGUGUUGAAAGAUCACGAUACCCUCUUGGAGAAGAGUGCUUUCAACAAUGAAAGAAAAGAGAAGGAAAGAGAAAAGGCAAUUGAAGAAAUGACAACUGUAACAGAUAAUAUGGAAAUUGAUACAAAUCCAGAGACACCAGAUGAAUUAUAUUCACAAUUUAUAAUACUAAUGAUCAGAUUCUUAAACGGUUUGGGAACAGCAACAUCAUAUGAAGAGGACUGUAAGAAACUUCUUGGAUAUGAUUCAUAUAUUGUUUACACUUUUGAUAGAGUGUUUGUUGAAUUCCAAAAGCAUGUUUACACAAUGAUUAGUGAUUACAAACAAAUGUGUGUCGAUUAUUUGGAACCAUUUAAAUAUGAACUUCAAAGAGUUAACAAGUUUUUGGACAAUUCUUACAGACUGAAUGUUCAGAAGCUCAUCGGAGAUGAAGUUUGUUAUAUUCUUGAAUUUAACAAGAGAGCACAAAAAGCUCGUAUUGAUGAAAUUGAUCCACCAGAAAUGGACUUGGAAAAGUUGGAAGCUGAAAACAAGGCUCUGCGCUACGUUCAAGAAUUUUUAUUAACACCACCUCCUGCUGAUUUGUUAAAACAAUCAAGUGUUUACCUUGCAAGAAACAAGAAACAAGUUUUACUCAAGAAGUCCCAACACGAUUUACUCAUUCGUAACAAACUAGAGUGUAAAAUAUGUAUAGCCACCCUUAAGCUUUACUUUGUAGAAGACACCGAGGACCUAAUGUUCAGACAAAGCAAGCCAAUUUCCAAAUCUGCCAAAGAAAAACGAUCAAGCAGAUGGAACAAAUUUGUUGAAGAAAAAUUGGCCUCACAACCAUCAGAAACAACUAAUUAAAUUUUAAAAUCUUUUUAAUCU